AUGGGUGCACCAGAUUAUGUGCCCUCCGAUGAAGAUGAAGAAGAUACCACAUUAUCAAUAACUCGGACGCUGGAUGAGCCUCUCACGAUGGAUGUUGUGGAAAAGGACUCACCCAUAAUAUCAUUAACUAUGACGACGGAGACGGAACAAUUGCGAGGUCUUGGGGAAUUUUAUAAUGCAUUAACAAAACGUUACACCCUAAAUCACGAGCUUAAUAAACAUAACGAUUCAUUUUUUAUUAACAAUAGAAUUAUGAAUCAUGUGAAUAAUUUUACUUCAACUAACUAUGCACAUGAAAAUUUAUUAUGGGAGGAGAGUACUAAUUGCUCUCGUAAUUUUACUGUUACACGUAAUACGGUUACCAGAAAGUUGAGAUUUAAACCUCUUCUUUUAGCUUCAGGGUCAUAUAUGGUGUCAACCGAAUUACCGAUAAUUAGAGCUAAUUAUUUCUGUUAUACAUACAGCGAGUUGUUAUAUAUAUUAUAUGUCGCGAACGGAUACAUGUCAAUUGAUCGAAAACAAUCGAUCGCACGAGAAUUGCUCGAAAAGUUUUGA